AUGCAGGCCUUCAGAAACCUCUUCAAGAACGAUCUCGUCCUAGUAGGCACGAACCUCACCGUUGUAGCCGGCUUCGCGACAUAUUUAGGCUCCCGGGUGACGAAGAAGCUGGAUCACAUGGAGGAGGAGCAGGAGGCGCGUCUGGAUGAAAUUGAAGGAACGCUACGCGGCCACAUUGGGCUGAUUGAGGACUCGCUGGACAGGAUCGAGGGAAAGCCGAAUGCUGGAAAGCAAGAUAAAUUGUAUAACCAGAGGACGAGAGAUGAGAAGGGAGGUGGGAAGGGACAGGACAAGUAG